AUUCAUAAGGAUGUACGGAAUUUUUACAACAUGGGAAAAGUGUUUGCCAAGGAAUAACGAUUUAUCCAGGGAUCCCUAUCGUUGACUUGCCGAGAGCACUCGAAAUUGUUCACGAAGUUUGUUUAGGAUUUAAAGGAUUAUUGCGGGAUUUUUCGCUAAUUCCUAUUGGUCAGUUUACAAAGACUUGGGUAUAUUUGCUGAAAUGAUAAAGUGUUGAAGUAUUUGGACAUAAGAUGGGAUCAGAAUUAAGUCCAGGAUUAUACAGUUUGUGCUGGUAGACAAUGAUUUAAUGUUCUUGUGCGUGCUGAGCUUCUGUACUUAGCUGUUUAAUUGAUUGAAAAGUUACAUCAAAUCGGACAAAACAUUCUUUAAUCAGAUAGGAGGAAAACUUCAAUGAAUCCAAAGUAGCAUUAAAGAGAACGUUUUUUGCAAAUAUUUGGUUAAUUAAGUUUAGCAUACGAUUGUUGUUUGUUGUCAAAAAGAAAGCAGUAGGCAGUUACCAUUCAUGUGGAAUAAAGAUAAUAUCAAAGCUUGAGGAAAAAUGCUUGCUUUGAUUCUAAGCAGAGGAUUUGUGUUUUAAAUGAUCAACAAUCAGCAAUUAUUGUAUGGAGGACACAAUGCAGUGGGAAAACAUUUCAAUGCCAGUAACUAAAAAUAUGUCGCCAUUGUAAGUGUCCGCCAGAAAUACACGAUAUGGCUUCAAGUCUAGCAGAUGAAAGAACAUUUAACAAACUGAUACAUGAUGUAAAACGUAAUUCUACAUCAGAUGAUGAUAGCGGAUGCCCGUUGGAGGAGUACUCAUGGGUGCCGCCAGGACUUAAACCUGAACAGGUGCAUCAGUAUUUUCGUGCAUUACCGGAAGAGAAGGUACCAUAUUUGAACAGUCUAGGGGAGAAGUAUAGGGUACGACAGUUGUUGCAACAGCUACCUCCGCAUGACAAUGAAGUCCGUUACUGUAACAGUCUCAGCGAGGAGGAAAAACACGAGUUGCGUAUGUUCAGUGCACAGAGAAAACGUGAAUCUCUGGGGCGAGGAAAUGUACGACCACUCCCUCUCACAAUGCAAGGAGGAGUCUGCUCCAAGUGUAAAGGUAUGAUAUCUGGUGGAGAUAUAGCAGUGUUUGCCUCCCGGUGUGGUACAGAUAGGUUCUGGCACCCGGCUUGUUUCGUGUGUAUGACAUGUGAUGAACUCUUGGUAGAUCUGAUAUAUUUCUACAGAGAUGGACAGUUGUAUUGUGGUCGUCAUCAUGCCGAAAUCAUCAAACCAAGAUGCGCAGCUUGUGAUGAGAUAAUAUUUGCUGAUGAGUGUACUGAGGCAGAAGGCCGCAGCUGGCAUAUGAAACAUUUCUCGUGCUUUGAGUGUGACGCUCAGCUUGGCGGGCAAAGAUACAUUAUGAGAGAAGGACGGCCAUUUUGUUGUGUUUGUUUUGAACGUAUGUUUGCGGAGUUCUGUGAUACAUGUGGAGAACAUAUAGGUGUGGAUCAAGGUCAGAUGACACAUGAAGGUCAACACUGGCAUGCCACACCACACUGUUUUAAAUGUCAUACUUGUCAAAAAUCACUUCUGGGACAGCCGUUUCUGCCAAAACAUGGAGUUAUAUACUGUUCAGCAGCUUGCUCGAGGGCAGGUUCUCUGAAUACACAAACACCACGACGGGCCGAGGAUUAUAUGCAAGAUAUAAGUAAUAUCCGUCUUGGCUCACCUGUGAGUCAUGCAAUGCAAGAAAGUAGCGUAAUGGCCCUACAGGAAGUAUUACGGCAACAGUACACAAUACCAGAGAGUUGUCCAUCGUCUGACCGCGAUCAAGGUUAUGCAACUAGUAGUAACAGUGAAGUUUAUGCUCCAGGCUUGUACGAGCCGCCAACAAAAGCUAGACUUGAAAUGUCUGGUUAUGAAAUAAAUAUGGAUGGUUUAGUAGAUGCUCUUCCAAUGCAUGAUGCCAAAAAGAAAAGACUUUCACAAUUAUCAAUGCCUGACUUAUCUAAAGAACGACUUCAGCGGAGUGGUUCUGAAAGAGACAGCAAUAGUUCCGGCUCCCGAAGUCGGAGCAUUAGUAGAAGUAGAUCUGGCUCGGAGAAAAACCUUGGUGUAAAAUUUAGUGGAAAUGCGCAAGCUAAUUAUUAUCACCCGGAUGUGCCAACUAAUUUUAUUCAACCUUACAAUGGUGGAAAGCCCAAAAAAAUUACUGGACAAAGUGGAUGUGCUAAUAGGUCUUUUCCUGAAUUAAGGAAUGUAUCAGGCCGUACCCCAUCUGAGGAUAUUAAUGAGUUACCAUUGCCUGAUGAGGAGAAAAUGAACCCGAUAUCACGCCCUCCAAAUGGAAAAUCUCAUCACCGUCGUCAUGGAAGAUAUCCACGGAGUCGUAGUUUUGAAGGUCGGGCAUCAAUGCUUGGUCAGUCUAGUCAUUCAAGUGAAAUGGAAAGAAAGAAAAUUUUGAAAAAUACAAAUCCCAAUAUGUCUCGCACUUCAGAACUGUCAAUGUCGAUGGAUCGGGGUGUUGAUCAUUAUGAAGACUCAUGUAGUACGUGCAGCACGUGCUCAAGCUCAAGUGACUCGGAAGAUGACUUUGAUUAUUAUUAUGAUAGUCCAAAUAAAGGGGCCCCAAGAAUUACUUAUGUAGAUAGCUUUGGAUUUGCUGGAAAUAAAUGUGCCACAUUAGGACGACCAGUUCGUAGGCAUAAAGGGAAAAAGGAUAAAAAUUGUACUAUUUCAUAGUUAAAACUGUGCUUGUUUUUACAACUCUGUGUGUUUUAUACAUUGUUAUAUAUUUAAGUGAUUUAAUUUAUGUACCUUGUGCCUACUGUAUAUAAAGGCUAAAUACUUGUGAUAUUUUGUUUAUGAUUUAACUUUGAUAUUUAUUAAUGAACUUGAUUUUACGUGCAGUGACACAAACAUACUCUUUGUUUUUUUUUAAAAGGUGUUGAAUUUUUACACACUGUAUAAAUCUGAAUCAGUAACUGAAAUUACCAGUGUUAUAAUGAAUGCCAUUCAAAGAAAUUAGCAAGCUCAUAAUGUAUAUUGGUAAUUUUUUACUAGUAAAAAGCGUAUAUUGACAGGCAUUUUAAAAUCCAUAUAGAGUUUCAUCAGGCUAGUAGUUCAAUAUUAACCAAGUGUUGUAUACUGCAUGAUUAAGUCAACUUUAUGAUUUUACUGUCACUUACCCUGUGGGAUGGGUUACAUAAGUAUAGAUCAUGCCCAGAAAACUUGUAGAUGAAAUCUUGAUAAUCUUCUGUAAACUUGUAAAGAAAAAAAAAAGCAUGUUAGCACAUAAGGACCUUUAUGGUGUUAUAUACACACAUAAAUCAGAAACUAAAUUUGUUUUGGAAUAAUUGAACAAACUUUGCUCUUUAUUUUUUGUAUACUAAUAUAGUUUAAAAAGAGAUGAAAAUAAGCAAUAAGGGAAUUGUAUGAAGUGUUUUGAUUUCUUGUGCAACCUUUUCAAGCCUUAUUUAAAAAUUAUUUAAAUUUUAUGCAGAUCUUUUUACAUGAAUAUUACAAUGAAUAUUUACUAUGACAUUGACAAAUUCACUGUAGUUGUAAAUUAUAUUUGAAAGUAUCUCCUUGAACUAGUAAGUGCAUGUCAGAUUGAAGUCUGACCUAGUUAUUUUAUGUUUAAUCCAAUUUCUGGAAGGUCUAUUAAGUUUAUUAUUACCAGCUUUAAGAAAGCAAAAUGAAUGGGACUGUAAUCAUCUAUGCAUGUUUUCAUAACUCACCUUUUGUUUUUUUUUUUUUUUUUUUUGAUGACCUGCCAUUUUGAUAGAAAAGCAUCCAGAAUUAAACUGUUUAUAAAUAUUAUGAUAUUAAAUAUUUGUGUUCAUAUUCAGCUGCUGCUGUGUAAUGCAGUUACGUAAUCAUUCAGAUUGAUACAAAACAUCUUAUUCUAGCAUAUAGUUGAAGAGAUAUCUGACACAAACAAUGAAAUACAACUUACUUGUGCAUUUAGGACCUCAGCUUGCAGGCUUGCAUGUGAUUUCCUAACAUUUUCUGCACUUGAAACCAUGGAUAAAUCCUGUAUUUUGCUCUCCCUUGCACCCUCAAGCAAUGACGUUUAAUUUACCCCUUACCCUGCUAAAUUUCUAUAACAAACUUGUCCAUCUUUCAAUUUGGACAGUACCCUUAACUGUUAAAAAGGGUGCCAAAAAGAUACUGACUGAAUGGUGAACAGUGCAGACCAUGAUCAGACUGCUGAUCUUGCUCAGCACUGGUCGCAAAGACAGAAUCACUUGCCACCAGCAGGCUGAGGGUUAACUGUACUUGUAAUUGUUAGAAUAGAUCGAGAUUUCUGUACUUGUAUGUGUACCUGUCCAUAGGAAAUCAUGAUAUCUAGUGAUGUUUGACUUGACAAAAUUAGUCACCGCAACGCAAGAAGUGGAUAACUGCAUUGACUUAAAGAAGGACUUAUUCACUUUUUGCGCUAAGGUGACGAAUUGUGUUUUGAUUGAACCAAUUAUAGUCCUGUUACAAAUAAAUCUUCACUAUAUAUACUUCAGGAAUAGGUUUUACAUGUGUUUUUAGCUCAUCUGAUUUUUUGAAAAAAAAUGAUGAGUUAUUGUCAUCACUUGAGCGGUUGUCGGCGUCGGCGUAGGCGUUGCCUGGUUAAGUUUUAUGUUUAGGUCAGCUUUUCUCCUAAACUAUCAAAGCUAUUGCUUUGAAACUUGGAAUACUUGUUCACCAUCAUAAGCUGACCCUGUGUAGCAAGAAACAUAACUCCAUCUUGCUUUUUGCAAGAUUUAUGGUCCCUUUUGUACUUAGAAAAUAUCAGAUUUCUUGGUUAAGUUUUAUGUUUAGGUCAACUUUUCUCCUAAACUAUCAAAGCUUUUGCUUUGAAACUUGGAAUACUUGUUCACCAUCAUAAGCAGACCCUGUACAUCAAGAAACAUAACUCCAUCUUGCUUUUUGCAAGAAUUAUUGCCCCUUUUGGACUUAGAAAAUCAGUUUUCUUGGUUAAGUUUUAUGUUUAGGUCAGCUUUUAUCCUAAACUAUCAAAGCCUAUUCCUUUAAAACUUGCAACACUUGUUCACCAUCAUAAGUUGACCCUGUACAGCAAGAAACAUAACUCCAUCCUGCUUUUUGCAAGAUUUAUGGCCCCUUUUGGACUUAGAAAAUAUCAGAUUUCUUGGUUAAGUUUUAUGUUUAGGUCAACUUUUUCUCUAAAACUAUCAAAGCUAUUGCUUUAAAACUUGCAACUCUUGUUCACCAUCAUAAGCUGACCCUGUACAGCAAGCAACAUAACUCCCAUCCUGCUUUUUGCAAUAAUUAUUGCCCCUUUUGGACUUCUUGGUUGAAUAUUAUGUUUAAGUCAACUUUUCUCAUAAACUAUCAAAGCUAUUGCUUUAAAACUUGCAACAGUUUUUCACCAUCAUAAGUGGACACUGUACAUCAAGAAACAUAACUCUAUCCUGCUUUUUGCAAGAGUGAUGGCCCUUUUUAGAUUUAGAAAAUCAUGGGUAGGACAAUAUUUCUAUUAUACAAAAAAAAUCAGAUGAGCGUCAGCACCCGCAAGGCGGUGCUCUUGUUCUAAUGUAUAACCCUCGAUGGGUAAAUUCAGUAAAUUCAGUAAAAAAAAUCUCUGUUCUGGAUUCUGUCACAGCAUGUCACUUCAAAAAUGCAUUAUGAAAAUGGACCAGGUACAUGCAGCUUCCCAAGUAUUAAAUCUCAACCUCUGGACAUUGUUUCAUACUUAUAGCAAGAGUUUGUUUUAUAUUAAGUCACCAGGUGUGCUAACAUUUUGUAAACUUUAUUCUGUUAUAGUUUUAUAUUGUUCUAGAUUUUGAGCUGAGAAAAUGAAAUAUUUUGUAUUUUUCCUUAAUUCCACACAUUGUUAAAGCUAGUUGCACAGAAUGUACAAACAAACAAUUUUUCUAUGCAAUAUUUUAAGAUGUUCAGAUUUGUUCCAGUGGUAAAUAUGUUAGCACUUGUUACUUUCACUUUGUUAAACAUGUGUAAGAAGGCAGGGCUAGUUUUCUGCCUGUAUUGUUGGCAAGUAAAAUUAAUUAUACCCCCAAUUUUGGGGGGAUAUAUAGGAGUGAGCUUGUCGGUCAGUCUGUUGGUUUUCAUGGUUUCCAGACAAUAAUUCAUGAAAGGCUUGACAGAAUUAAAUAAAUAUUGGUACACAGGUGUUACAUCAUAAAAUACAGGUCAAGUUUGACUUUGGCUACAAACCAUCAAUUUUUGUCGUAGUUGUUGCACCUUUCCAACUAAACUGAUGGUUUUCGGACAAUAACUCAUGAAAGGCUUGACAGAUUUAAAUAAAAUUUGGUACACAGGUGUAACAUCAUAAAAUACAGGUCAACUUCGACUUUGCCUACAAACCACCAUUUUUAGCUCAUCUGUUUUUUUUUUUUUGAGAAAAAAAAGUUGAGUUAUUGUCAUCACUUGAUUGGCGUUGGCGUUGCCUGGUUAAUUUUUAUGUUUAGGUCAUCUUUUCUCCUAACUAUCAAAGCUAUUGCUUUAAAACAUGCAACACUUGUUCACCAUCAUUAGCUGACUCUGUACAGUAAGAAACAUAACUCCGUCCUGCUUUUUGCAAGAAUUAUGGCCCCUUUUGGACUUAGAAAAUAUCAGAUAUCUUGGUUAAGUUUUAUGUUUAGGUCAACUUUUCUCCUAAACAAUUUAAGCUAUUGCUUUGAAACUUGCAAGAUUUGUUCACCAUCAAAAGUUGACUCUGUACAGCAGGAAACAUAACUCCAUUCUGCUUUUUGCAAGAAUUAUGGCCCCUUUUGGACUUAGAAAAUAAGAUUUCUUGGUUAAGUUUUAUGUUUAGGUCAGCUUUUCUCCUAAACUAUCAAAGCUGUUGUUUUAAAACUUGCAACACUUGUUCACCAACAAAAGCUGACUCUGUACAGCAAGAAACAUGACUCCAUCCUGCGUUUUGCAAGAAUAAUGGCCCCUUUUUUAGACUUAGAAAAUAUCAGAUUUCUUGGUUAAGUUUUAUGUUUAGAUCAGCUUUUCUCCUUUACGGUCAAAGCUAUUGCUUUAAAACUUGGAGCAGUUAUUUGCCAUUAAAGGCUGACACUGCACAGGAAGUACCGUAACUCUGCAUUGCUUUUUGCAAGAAUUAUGGCCCCUUUUGGACUUGGAAAAUCAUGGGUAGGUCAAUAUUUCUAUUAUACAGAGACAAAAAAAUCAGAGGAGCGUCUGCACCCGCAAGGUGGUGCUCUUGUUUGACAUAGUUAUGGCCCCUUUCUAACUUAUGGUUGCCAUACUUCUGUGACAAGGCCAUAUUGUGGGGGUAUUAUUUUUCGCUCCUGUGACAGUCGUAGUUAGAGGUCUAAAGUAAAAUAUUGUUUAUUUCCCCUGCUGCUGCUACAGAAAAUAUUUUAUCAUAGCUGUGAAAGCAGUACAUUAUGAUGGUUCUAACUCUGAAAGAAUCUUAUUCGUUUCAAUAUUGUUACAUGGAAAUCAAACUGCUAAAGAGCUGUUUCUGGCUGUAAAAGAGAUGUUAUUUAUAAUAUGCAGUUGACACAGACUGAUUUUGUAUCAGAUAUUUUAUAUUUUCAUAACAGCAAAUGUAUUAGACUAGAAAGAACCUUUCUGCUCGGUCCUCAAAGGCAUGGUCAGGGGAGGGGACAGAAAAGAUAUUUUUGAGGUUGGCUGUACAAGAAAUAAUUAAAUAAUGUUAGUCACUUACAAUUAAUUGUUUCAUGAAUUUCACUGAUCUAACGAUCGUCCCAUAGUUUUACAUCUUAAAAACUGUAUCUUUGUAAUAUUCUAUGUACUUUUUUUUUUUAAAAACAAAAUGGGCAAAAUCAUGGAUUAAUGGAUCAAUCAAAACAUUUUAUUUAUGAAAUUAUAGCAGUACAAUCAAACAGUUUUACUCAGUAUUUAUUUUAGCAGAUUUUUUUUAACUGAUGAUAACUGCUCUAUUGUCUCCAGCUAUCUUUUAGCUUGACUGAACUUUUUCAGCUAGUAGAGUUUUUUGUCACUCUUGUGCCAAGGUUGCAGAAGUUUUGUUUGUUAGCAGGUUUCUUGAAAACUACAGGGCCAAAUUUUUUCAAACUUCACAAAUGUCUAGGGCAUCAUAAGAAGAACUCGCAGGACAAGUUACACGACUCUUGCUUUUAUUAUGUCAAAAUUAUGCUCCUUUAUUGUUGUGUAUAAAUAUAUUAAAACAAGGUUUGUCUAUAUAUUAUUUCCGAAGUCAAAUUCAAAUCUGGAUAAAUGUAAUAAAAUCUAAUCAGUUUCAGGUAUUUUAUUUCAAAUUGAUAAAAAGACUGUUUGGCUUUCAAAGCAGUAAGAGAACUGUGAAAUUAAGUCAUAAGACAGAGGUGCUUGUUAUGUAUAGAAGAAUUUGGUUUCUUUACACAGUUUAUAUCUAAUGUUGUUACCAAAUACAGUCCAGUUAUGUCUUCCAGUAGAAUGAUACCUUCCAAUUUGAUGAAGAAAUAUCUUUCGUUGACAGGUUGUAAAAAGCACCUUUAAUAUGGCAGCAAAUAGCUAAUUCUACAAAAUUAAGUUACUGUGUAUGUAAUGAUAAUAUUUCUUAAUUAUGUUAUGUUAUUUUGACUCCAGAGAAUGUAAACUAUGUAGGUGUAAACAGGCAGUUCAGUGUUGAGGUAUUAAACUACACUUGUUAUAUCAAACACUAUAGAAUGAGUUAAUUACUUAGAUAAUUGGCAAGAACAUUUGUUUUUGUCAAAUUCAGCAUAGCAACCAGUAAGCUUUCAAGUAAAUGACACGGUACACUUAAAUAAUAAUAUAAAUACUGCGACAUAUCGAACAUGCAUAACAUUAGAACUUAGCUGUGAAAUGUUACUAGUCCCCUACCAGUGGAACACAGAAGAGGACUACAGGAAUGCCCUCCGUCUGUCCACAAAUCUGGAUCCUGCAAUUAUUCAAAAAUUAUUCAAGCUAGGUUUGUAAAACUUGUAUGUAUGGUAAUAGAGGGCAAUUAUGUAGAUUAUGUACAUACAUGACUUGUGCUUGUAGUUCAAAGGUCAAGGUCACUAUUGAAGGUCAAGUAAAAAUUGUUUCUGCUCUAUAAUUUUAUAUGCAUUGAUGGAUUAUCUUAGUGCUACAUACAAACAUUCCCCAUGAUGAGACAAUGUGUCAACACAUGAUCUGUGCUUGUCGGUCAAAGGUCAAGGUCACUGUUUAAGGUGAAGAAAAAAUUUGUUUCUUCUCCAUCAAUUGCAUUGAAAGAUUUUUUCAUUACUACACAGAAAUGUUCCCCAUGAUUAGACUAUGUGUCACACAUGUGACCCAUGGUUGUCAGUCAAAGGUCAAGGUCACUAUUUAAGGUCAAGUAAAAUUGUUUUUUUUCACUGGUAGGGGACUUAUGUAUUGCCAUUGCACAAGGGAUGCACAAUUUGUUGAAAAGAUUCAGUCUCAGUAAGAGUUUUCAUUCCUUUUCUGAUAGUUACUGUAGUAUGACUGCUGUUGUUAAACAACCAAACAACCUCAUUCUGACAUAGCUGAUUGUAACCACUUAAAGUGACAAGUAAAUAUCAAUGAAUGAUAAAAAUAAUGACACAUAGUUUAAUCCAUUUUUUACUUUGGAAAUUUUGGAGAAAAAAUUACUAUGUAAUGAAUUUUGUUGUUGGGUCUGUAAAAAUGUUUAAACCAGAUAUUAUACAGUCAUAAAUUAUAGUACUUAAGAUGUGUAACUUCCUUGCUCUUCUCUGUUUUCUGUUGAUAAUACUAAAACCUAAUCGUAUUUAGCAGUUUUGCCUCAUUGUUUAAAAAAAUAUAUAUGUUGAAAUAGGCUUAGACUUUGACAAAUUCGAGAACGAUUGUGUAUGAUAGAUUGGUUACAGAUUUGUUGAAUUUUAUGCAUAAAUCAAGUAGACACUGCUGGUCAAAUAUACUGAACAUAUUCCUCCCCAGAGUAAUGGCAAAUGUUAUAAUACUCUGCCUUAAUAAUCAAAGAUUGUAUUGUAGUAUUGUUUAUCCUAAUAAAGGGUACAUGUUUCAUUUGUAUUAUGUUUAUUUAUGCAGUAUUAAAAUUGAAAAGAAAA